CGAACCGGGCUCGUCGUCCUCGCAUAAAAAUUCACGAACAUUAUCUCACUCUGUUUUUUUCCCAAACUUCUUCGCGCCCUAUCUCCGGUGGCUUUUUUUCCUUCCAAUCUCCCGAGUCGCUCUUCAGUUUCUCAUGUCAUCUCCUCUUCUCCAUCCUCCUUGCUUCUCUUCAUCAUCUCACCUCUCAUUUCCUCGCAGCGCCGCCGGCUUCUCUCCCACGCUUCUUCGCCACGCUGGAUGCUACCAAGCGUCGUUUCUGUUCCACCAGUGCAGGGUUAAGCAUAGGGAAUAUGAUACCAAAAACAUUAGAUGUAUGACAUAUAGCUCCAAAUUGGCAAUGAUCAAAGACUCUGAUUCCACUAGUCUUGAAAUGUUGAUAAAGGAACCACAUAAGUACUUUGAUCAUGUUAACAUUUCUGUUCGUUCUGGAGAUGGUGGACAUGGUGCAGUGCUUUGCUUGCCAACGCAGAGAACUAGUUCUAAGUCAAAAGGAAAAGAUGAUCAAGAUAAAAGUAAAAAAGGUUCAUUUAAAAGGGAUUCAAAUGGAUCACUAAUCUUACCAAUGGGUGGACAUGGGGGGGAUGUAUUCCUAUAUGCUGAUGAAAGCACAGAAACUCUUUUGGAAUUUCACAAGAAGAAGAGAUAUAAUGCAAAACGAGGAGGAAAUGUUGAUGCCAUGGGCAUGCUGACUUCAGUGUUACAUGACGGAUUUGUGGCACCAUCAUUGAGAAUUCCCGUUCCUGUAGGUACAGUUGUGAAACGUAAGAAAGGGAAAUUUAUGGCUGAUUUGGCACGACCUGGUGAUGAAAUUCUUGUUGCUAGGGGUGGACAAGGAGGGAUUAGCUUGUUGGAGAUCCCUGAACAUAAAAGGAAAAGAUUAACGACAUUACCUACAAAUGUGAUGAGAGAUGAAAGUGAUAAGGUAUGACUGUUUUUUCCAAUGAGAUAACUAAAGUUUCUGACUUUUCAAUUUCCAUGACGUGGUUUCCCUUUUU